AUGAUUAAACAUAGCAUAAAGGGAUUAUAUUGUUUUAUUGAUGAGGUUCGAAAUUGUAAAUGUAAAGAAGAUGAAGAAAAGAAAGUAUUACAAGAAAUAAUAAAGAUAAAGAAAAAGUUUAAUGAGAAAAAUAUAACAAAUUAUAAAAGAAAGAAGUAUAUAUGGAAAUUAAUUUAUUGUCAUAUAUUAGGAUAUGGUAUAUCUUUAUCAUAUUUAGAUAUAAUAAAAUUAAUAAGUAGUAAUAAUUUUAGUGAUAAAUAUUGUGGAUAUACAGCUUUAUCUUUAUUAGUUGAUGAAAAUAAUGAAAUGUUAAAUAUUAUGGUAAGUACCAUAAAGGCAGAUAUAAAAAAUAAUGAUGAGAAAAUAAAUUUCUUAGCUUUUCAUUUUGCUAGUCAUAAAAUAAAUGGAUUAUUAAUAGAGAAUUUAUAUGAAGAUAUAUUACAUAUUGUUACUUCAAAUUAUAUAUAUAAACCAAAUAUAAGAAAAAAAGCUUUUUUAUGUUUAGCAAAUAUAUAUAAAAAAAGACAUGAUUUAUUAUUAAGAGGUAAAAAUGAUUUCGAGAUUUUUAAAUUUCUAGAUCAGAAUCUGAAUGAAAUAAACAUGUUUAAUAUAUUUGCAUAUCUAAAUUUAUUAUAUGUGAUCAUAUUAAUAUUUCAAAAAUAUGAGUCAAUGUAUUAUUAUAUAAAAAAGGAAGAAAAGAAAAAAAAUUCAUUAGAUGAAAAAAAUGAUGAUAUAUUAAAAAGAGAAGAAUUACAAUUUGAUAAUAGUUCAAAUAGUAGCGGUAGUAGUAAUCACAGUCGACGUAUAUCAUUACAUAUAAAAAAUGAAUUAAAAAAAAAAAGAAGUAAAUCAAAUAUAUAUUUAAAUGAACAAAAUUUUCUAUAUAAUGAUUUAAAGAAAGUAGAUAAAAUAUUAGAAAUCGAAUCUGAGUGUACAUUUAAUAUUGAAGAAAUUGAUUUUUAUGAAAUAAAAAAGUAUAUAAAUAAAUAUAUACAUUUUAUAUUAAAUGUAUUAUAUUUAAUAUUAGAUGAAAAUUUAAAAAUUGACGAAGGUUUUUAUUAUUCACAUGUCCGUUAUCCAUUUUUAUUAAUAAAAUGUUUACAAAUGAUACAAUUAUAUGAUGUUCAUAAUUUGUCUCAAACAACUAUAAAUAAUAUAAAUGAUAUCAUGUAUAAAAUUAUAUCAAAGCCAUAUAGAAAAUUACAAGGGAGAUUAGGAAAUGAAAACAAUCCAUUGAAUAAAAAUACUCCAAAUAAUAAUAGGAAUAGUGUUCCUAAUAAUUUUACUACUACAAAUUAUAAUAAUAAUAAUAAUAAUAAUAAUAAUAGUAAUAUUAAUAAUAAUGAUUAUAAUAGUUAUAAUAAUUACAAGAACAAUAAUAAUAAUAAUAAAAGUAAUAGUAAUAUAUUUAAAAAGAGUUUUUCAAAAAAUAGUAUUUAUUUAAAUAAUAAAAAAAAUAAAGAUAUUUUAAGAAAUGAAAAAAGUGCUAUAUACAUUGAAUAUGGUAUUAUUUAUGAAUGUUCUAAUUUAUAUAAUUUUUUAGAUGAUAAAAUAGAAGAUAGAAAUAGAGAUAUAAUAAUAUGUUUAAUAACUUCAUUUGAUACAAAAAAAUCAAAUAUUAAUUAUGUUAUUUUAAAUAGUUUAUCUAAAUUAAAAAUGAAUUUAAAAAUUUAUAAUAUGUUAGAAACACAUAUUAUGCAUUUAAUAAAUUUAUUAAAUAGUGAUGAUAUUACAAUCAAAUUACAAACAUUUAAUAUUCUAUUUAAUAUGUGUAAUCAUAAUAAUUGGAAAUUACUUAUUAAUGUAUUUUUACAUCAUUUACCAUUUAUUGAUCCAUAUAUACAAAAUGAAGUUAUAAUAAAAAUAUCUAUUCUAGCUGAAAAUUUCUCUCCAGACUUAUCAUGGUAUAUUGAUGUUAUAUUUAAAAUGAUUGAAAUAACUCACAAGUCUAUAUUUCAAGAAGUAUGGUUUAGAUUAGUUCAAAUAAUAACUGGAUUUGUUGAAGGCGAUGGUAAAAAUUCUUCUAAAUUAUCAAAAGGAGAAAAUAAUACAUUAAAUAAUAUAAAUAAUAAUAAUGAAAAUAAUAAUAGCAACAAUAAUAAUAAUAAUAAUAAUAACAAUAAUAAUAACAAUCAUAAUAGUAAUAAUAAUAAUAAUAACAAUCAUAAUAGUAAUAAUAAUAAUAAUAAAAAUAAAGAUGAUCAGAAAGUACAAACAUAUGCUGCUAUGAAAUGUUAUAGAUAUUUAUCAGAUAAUUUUACAAAGAUUGAAUUAUUAGUAGAUUUAUGUACAUAUAUUAUAGGUUCAUUUGGAUAUUUAAUAAAAGAUAAAGUACCUAUGAAAGAUCAAUUAAAAAUUCUUGAAAAAUAUUUUGCCUUUGCAUCAUCUAAUACUAAAUGUGUUAUUUUAAUGGCUAUUAUGAAAAUGGUUUUUUAUGAUAAUAAACUUAUGAACAAUGUGAAAAAAAUUCUGAACACUUGUAUUAAUCAUUCAGAUUUGGAAUUACAAACACGUGCAUGUGAAUUUCUUAAUUUGUGUAAUAUGAAUAAUAUGAGUAUGUUAAAUUAUCUUUUGAAAAAUAUGCCUCUCUACAAUAUGAAGAAGGUGCACGAAAAUUUUCUUAUAAAGAGAUUGCUGGAGACAAACAAACAUGCCGUUAUUGAUUUUAAUGAAAAAGAUAAUUCUCUCAAAUUCGACAAAAAUCAUGAUAACAAAAAAUCAGGAAAGCAUAAUAGGAAUAAGGAUGAAGAGUACAAUGACACCAAUAGCGAUUAUUCACAUAAUAAAAUGUCAUCUCAUUCCUCUUGUAAUUCCUCAUCAUCUGAAGAUGAAGAUGAGGAAGAGGAAGAAAAUGAAGAAAAGUAUAAUAAAAAGAGAGGACGGAACUUAUCCGAUUCUUCUCAUAAUUCAAAAAAAUCCUCAUCAAGUGUAUCAAGUCGUAAAUCGAAAAAUUCUAGUGAUAACUCAGAUGAUAAUGAAAAAUUAUUUAAAAUACUUUGUUUACAAAAAGCUAAUAAUAUAAAUGAUUUAUGGUUUAACGCGUGCUUAUUAGAUAAAUGUCUUUUUUUUAAAAAUAAUAUGGUGUCUAUAUUAAUGAAGCAAAAAUAUCAGGACAAUAAAGGUAUUCUAAUUUUUUAUAUAAAAAAUAUAUCCAAGGCAGUUCUUAACCUUAGCAGCAUUAAUAUUGAAGAGUGUGAACAAAUAAACAUAAAAGAACAAAAAAUUGUUAACAAUGAAAAAAUCGACAGUGAUGGAAUGUAUGUUCACAAAAUAAUUCUAACUGUAUCAGACAUCUUUUACAAUAUCCCUAAUAUUUACUUUAACAUAAUGACACCAAAUGCAGCGAAUGCUAGCUUUUCCUCCAAACUUCCCAUCCUCCUGACCAGAUUUAUUAAAGAAAAUAAAAUGAACGAAACGACCUUCAAAAAUUAUUGGAAGGCACUCACACAAGUUCAUAAUGAAGAUGUAAUAAUGGGAGUACCUAAAUUUUCUAAAAAAUAUUUUUUGAAUUAUUUAAUUAAUGCUUUUAAUUUUUAUAUUUUAAAGAUUGGAAUGCUCAUAUGCGCAUCAGGAUAUAUACAUUUUCCAGAUUUGAAUAUGGAAAAUAAAAUUUUAAUAUUAGUCAAAAUCCGGCAUGAAGUAAAAGGGUGCCAGAUAUCCGUCGUUUCGAGCAUAAAACAUUUGAAUAAUUAUUUGAACAAAAUAUUCGAAAUAUAUCUUAUAAAGAAUAAUUAA